CGACCUUCUGCUAUAAAACAGGCCCCAACCCCAGUUGGCUUUUCACCAUUCUUGUUCUCCUUCUCAUCUCAAUUAGACGAUCGAUCUCAAUACUCUCCGUUUCUCCGCAAUUCUUCAAGAUGCAAAUCUUCGUCAAGACCCUAACUGGAAAGACAAUCACCCUUGAGGUCGAGAGCUCUGACACAAUCGAUAAUGUCAAGGCCAAGAUCCAAGACAAGGAGGGUAUUCCCCCAGACCAGCAGAGGUUGAUCUUUGCUGGUAAGCAGCUAGAGGAUGGCCGCACCCUGGCUGACUACAACAUCCAAAAGGAGUCCACCCUCCACCUCGUCUUGCGUCUCCGUGGUGGUAUGCAAAUCUUUGUCAAGACCCUCACAGGGAAGACAAUCACCCUUGAAGUUGAGAGCUCUGACACGAUUGAUAAUGUAAAGGCCAAGAUCCAGGACAAGGAAGGGAUCCCACCAGACCAGCAAAGGUUGAUCUUUGCUGGUAAGCAGCUAGAGGAUGGCCGCACCCUUGCCGACUACAACAUUCAAAAGGAGUCCACCCUCCAUCUUGUCUUGCGUCUCCGGGGUGGUAUGCAAAUCUUUGUCAAGACCCUCACUGGGAAGACGAUCACCCUUGAGGUUGAGAGCUCUGACACAAUCGAUAACGUGAAGGCCAAGAUCCAGGACAAGGAGGGAAUCCCACCAGACCAGCAGAGGUUGAUCUUUGCCGGCAAGCAGCUUGAAGAUGGUCGCACUCUUGCGGACUACAACAUUCAAAAGGAGUCCACCCUCCAUCUUGUCUUGCGUCUCCGUGGUGGUAUGCAGAUAUUUGUCAAGACCCUUACAGGGAAGACAAUCACCCUGGAGGUUGAGAGCUCUGACACAAUUGACAAUGUGAAGGCCAAGAUCCAAGACAAGGAGGGUAUCCCACCGGACCAGCAGAGGUUGAUCUUUGCUGGCAAGCAGCUCGAAGAUGGUCGCACCCUUGCUGACUACAACAUUCAAAAGGAGUCCACCCUCCACCUUGUCUUGCGUCUCCGUGGUGGCAUGCAGAUAUUCGUCAAGACCCUCACAGGGAAGACCAUCACCCUCGAGGUGGAGAGCUCUGAUACUAUUGAUAAUGUCAAAGCUAAAAUCCAAGACAAGGAGGGCAUCCCACCGGACCAGCAAAGGCUGAUAUUUGCCGGAAAGCAGCUGGAAGACGGACGCACCUUGGCUGAUUACAACAUUCAGAAAGAGUCCACCCUUCACCUUGUCCUCCGUCUCAGGGGAGGCAUGCAGAUUUUCGUCAAGACAUUGACAGGGAAGACCAUAACCCUGGAGGUGGAGAGCUCGGAUACAAUUGACAAUGUCAAAGCCAAGAUUCAGGACAAGGAGGGGAUCCCCCCGGACCAGCAGAGGUUGAUAUUUGCCGGGAAGCAGUUGGAAGAUGGAAGGACCCUGGCUGACUACAACAUUCAGAAGGAGUCCACCCUUCACCUGGUCCUCCGUCUCCGUGGUGGAUUUUAAUUGGAUGGAUGAAUGCAUUGCUGCUGUUGGGUGUCUUGUGUUGUUUCGCAAUGUUUGUUGAUUGUGUUGAAUGUGUUGGGGUCCUGGUUUGGCCCUUGGAAUAAACCUGGUUUCUUAUGUCUGUAUUGAACAAGUAUUUUUUCAGUGUUUUAAUAGUUGUGUUGGUGUUUUUGUUCAUUCAUGGGUUACUAAAAGUGGUUGGUAGCCAAGCUUAGUCUGCAACCAAACUUUGGUCCCAAAGCUUGUGCGGGUGGUUCACGAGAACUUAGUCUUCACGGGAAGAGAGAUUUUAAACCAAAUAUAUCGGGUUUACAACCGUGGUGAUUGUUACCUUUUGUAAGUCUAACCACAACUCACACACAAAUGCUUGUAGUCCUCAAGACCAUCAUGUUUUGUAACUUGUUUUCAAGUAAAUUUUCGUUCUCGAA